GUGUGUACAUAAACUGACUCGCUGUACUGCCAUCUACCUUGUCUUCACAUACACAGUGGGGAUAAGAAGUAGGAGACUGAGGAUUCAAAGAUGAAACUCGUCUGCUUGCUUUUGCUGUGUACACAGCUGUUGUCGGUCUGGGCAACAGACAAUCCUUCCAAUCCUAUGGAAACAGGUUCCUGUGAAAAACAUGGACGUAUUGCUGACCUGGCCCUGCGACAGAUCAAUGCUGACAGGAAAGAAGGCUACAUAUUCAGCUUAUACCGACUCUCCAAUGUCAAUCUAAUGCAGCAGAGAUCCCAGGGGACUGUUUAUUACCUGACGGUAGAUGUUCUGGAAACAGAGUGCCAUGUUCUCAGCAAGAAGAAGUGGAGGAGCUGCAAAGAAAGACCAGAACAUGAGUCUGUCUAUGGGCACUGUCAGGCAAUAAUUUACGUUAACAGUAUUCAAAGAAUAAAUAACCUCUACAGCUACAACUGCACCAUAAGACCAGUUCCAGCUGAAAAAAUUGUGAAUAGAUGCCCAGACUGUCCAAUAUUACACACAGUCGACUCUGGUGUAAUAACAAUGGCAGAUUUGCUCCUUAAUAAGUAUAACAAUGAAAAUGGAAAUGCAAACUAUUUUGGCCUUUUGAAUGUAACAAGGGCUUCUGUGCAGUGGAAUUUUGGUACAUCCUACUCUAUGCAAUUCACCAUCCAGGAAACUGUUUGCACCAAAGACAUGGCAGAUGUCAAGCUUUCCCAAUGUGAAUUCAUGAGCUGCAAAUUUGCUCACAAAGGUCAUUGCAAAGGAUCAUAUAGGAAUGGCCCAGAAGUUCAUAUGGAUAUAUCUUGUGAAGUUUUUGAGCCAAAGGCCUCAAAUUCUGAAGAACAGCCACGCCUGCUUGGUGGUGAGCCUGACCUAAAGGACCAACAAAAUCACCUGCACGCCCAUGAGCAGCAUCACAAUGGUGAUGGCUCCUGUCAGCCUCAACGGGCCGGCCCACUGGGUACUGUGCAGUUGCUCCCAGCUAUAGACCAGUCAUCGCUAGCAUCCCUAUUGGAUCUUCCUGUUGUUUCAGAACCAGUGAGACCAGUUGUCCUACCUCGUAAAGCAGCAGGUGGGAAAAAGGAUUCCGAUGCAGAGGCAGAGAGUGACGUGGUCAUCUUUCCAUUCCCUGAAACCAUUUCAGAAGAGUGUCCCGGUCAGCCAAAAAAGCAAGUGGACUUCAUUCAGUCUCUGUUUAUAGAGGAUCCAGAUCUCCGGCACCCUGUUGACAUUCUUGGGUGACCUUACUCAAAGUGAUAAUAUGAUCCUGUUUCCUGAAAUACAGGUUUUUAAUUUGCUUUAAAUGUUUAAUAUUUCUUGUCUUGCUAAAACUAGGAAAAGUGUCUGAAAUAAACGUUGUAUAUUCUCAAA